GAAAAGAUUAGUUGGCGCGCUUUAGGCCUGAUACUCAGCUUGGUCUCAUUGGUCAUUGGUAGGGCCUACACGUGUUAGCACAUGUUUCCUCRUUUUUCACUGUUUAGCCGAAAAGAUGCAUWUAUGCAAGCCGGUAGAACGUCACGACUUCUUCUACAUCCAGAUAGUUUUUGACCAUGUGAAGAAAGUCAGCUAAACUCGGCGUAGCAAUGAGAAAAGUAUGGUGAUUCUCAAUUCYCAAACAGGAAGCUUCUCCAUUCGAGUCGUCACGACCCCUUCAGGAGGAGCCGACCAGGUCUGUUCUUCUAAWUAAGUGUUCUCAUACGAUUUUUCUCCUGGGAAAGUGAUUUAGAAGAAGAUUAAAUAAAACUCUAGCAGGCUUCGAAGGGCCGCUUGAUGGCAACCACUCCAUCCAGCACCAUCUUUGAAUAUAAACUCAUUAUCAGUUUAUUUCAGAACUAUUAUCAAAGGGAGACUGGCCUGCAUUAGAACACAAUAAUUGUCCGGGUAUUGAAUAUCCAGAUUUUCACAUAAACUCGCUUCAAUAUCCACUKCCUCUCAMGUUGUCAUAGCAAUGAUGAUAUGAUGUAUGAAAUAAUGCAYGGAGCGUCAUGCUGUCAUUCCACCCUUCACUGACGUCGAGUCGUCGACCGUGUGCAUGGAACCAACCGUACCAACAUGGCGAAAGUAGCGUACAGUGAAUCUAAAGGCGUUGAUUUGGAUUCCAAUGAAAACCCUUCUUCAGCAAGCACCUCUGUUCUUUUUGAGUCUUCUCCGCCGAGGUGGUUGCGACCUGCCCUGGUUGUAGGAUGCUUGCUCUGCGUGGUGGGUCUCGUUUGUAUCAUUGUUGGAGCAGUCCUUAUGGGUCCAGGCACCAAGCAAUGCCCAUCWUUGAAAAGCGAAUCGCAAAAGAAUGUAAACCCACAAUGUGAGUUUUCGCCAGAGGCCAAGAGAGUCGAUUUGGAAGGGUUUCUCAAAGAAGCACAAUCCAAAUACUAUGAAAUGAAUCCGGACAAUGUGGCAUGGCAGCCUGGAGUCACAGAUAUACGCGAACAUAUCAAGAAUAGGUAUUCGCCAUAUAAUCCGGAUCCCAUGGCACUUAAAAGAAAAACAGACKCAGCUCUUCAGUUAUUGAAGAAGAUCAAUGACAUGAACAUCGAUAACGACGCCCUUAAACCAAGGGAAGCAAAGGCAGUGGCACAGAUAAAACAUUUUCUGCAGCACACAUUCUCGGUACCGUACGAUGAAAACUACUAUGCUGGUGACUGGAUGAUGGGUCCCAAUCUCUUCUGCUGGAUGCCGAUUUGCUCGGUGCAAUACGAUCUCAAUGCGUUUAGUAGCGUGUUACUAGUGACGUAUGAUGACGUYGAAAAAGCUGUGGACAAGAUUUUAAAACACGAGCAAGCCAUUGACCAGUAUCGGAAAAACGUUGCUCUUGGUGUAACAACAGGAAUGAUCCGUACCAAGAUUGACUGCCGAGCUGGCGUCGACGCUUUGAAGCAAAUCUACACAAAGAUGUCCACAGAAAACGACGCACGUGCCAUUCUAAAUGAGUGGUAUACUAAAGGUUUCCAAAAAGAGUCGUACUUUGCCAAGUUAGAGGACGGAGUUGACGAACUCUGGAAAAGUAAACACGGUGGUAAAAACGUUUCAGAGUCCAUAAAAGACGCUUUGGUAAAGGGCUUUGGUCAGCCAAUGCUCAACUUAAUCAAAUAUCUUGAAAAUGAACACAUGACACAUUGCCUUCCCAAUGACGUUGCWAGUGGACUUGGUGGGCUUCCUGUGGAUUACGUCUACACAAACGAUGUUCCGGACCGAAAUAAACCAACAACCAAAAAGCUACCCACAGGGGAGGUGUUAAAUGGUACGAAUACGUACCGUCUUAUACUGCCAUACUUCACGACGACUGAUAUAUCUCCYGAAAAAAUCUAUGAAGAAGGAAACAAGCAGCUUAAAAUCUUUUACGAUGAGAUCCUUAACAUAACGAAGCAAUAUACUGGAAUAUCCAACGAAACAGAGGCUGUUAAUGCGUUCAAGAAAGAACUCAAUUCAAGUAGAAUGUGGCAUAAUCAUGGUCCGUUUCCCASCAAUGAAUCAAAUGAAAAUGCAUUCAARAAAUGCAUCAGUCCAGRGACAGCCAAGAAAUAUUGCCCUGUYCGCUGGGCAGCCAUACAGAGAUGGGCGGCGUAUUGUAGAGAGAUUAUGGGCCUGUUAUAUCCAAAGAUCACCAACCUCUUCUACUUCACCGGUUCUAAGGUCACUGCACCAAACUGUCCAAUCAAAAUGACUCCUCACUACAACCCAUCUAAUGGAGCCCAGUUCUUUAGAAAGAGUGACGCAUCAUGCUCUAAAUCUACUGAGUUUGGACUGCCAUUCUUUCUCAAAGACUAUGGCCCAGUCUUCCAGGAAUGGUCUGUGACRGCGCAUGAAGCACGUCCUGGGCACCAUACACAAGUCCAAGGUCAUGUUGAACAUUUCCAGGAUAACUGUGGUGGCGUUAUAAAAUGGCUAGAUGGCCUUACUUACUACACUGCCUUUACCGAGGGCUGGGGAUUGUACAGCGAGAAUCCAGUACUAUCUCACGAUACAGAUACGUACAAAGAUAACCUAUUACAAAAGUAUGGUAUGCUUAAAUGGCAGGUUUGGCGAGCUGUCCGUCUGAUUGUUGACACUGGUCUUCAUGCAAGAGCAAUGACAAGGACAGAAGCACUCAAGAUGUUUGAAGACUAUGCAUGGGAUACAUCAGAUUUUGCUGUCAAAGAAGUCACUCGGUACCAGAGUGAUCCUGGACAAGCCACAGCAUACAUGAUAGGCAGACUGGAGAUUAUUAAAAUGAGAGAGAAGGCUGAGAAGAUACUGGGUUCUMAAUUCAAUCUAAAAGACUUUCACUAUCAGGUCUUAAAGCAAGGUUCUGCUCCUCUACCAUUCUUAAAAAGUCAUAUUGAUCGUUAUAUUAAAUGUGUUAAUGGCRAYCUUGGUAAAGAGACAUGCCAGUAUAUACUUGACACUAAUAAAAAAAGCUCUGURGCAGCGAAGUCAAAAAAUAUUGAAGAUGAGGAAAGAGCCCCAGAGCCACCACACUACAGCUACAUUUAGAAUUAAGAUCAAUUUAMUUCUAAUCUAAGCUUUUCAAUCAUUGAAUAUUUUUUUGUGAAUUGACUUCAUACAUUGUUAGUAAUGAUUAAUAUAAAUACAAAAUACACUAUAAUAAAAUAGAAUGAAAACACU